UUCCCGAGGCGUCCCGUGGCCGCGCAGCGCUUCGCCGACCGUUCGCAAGGCAGCGCAUCCGAACGAACGAAACGCAACCCUACACGCACCAUUCAUAACUCGCGCCUGUGUUUACGAACCACACUAUUGUUCCUAUUUCGAAAAUUCAAAUUUGCUUAGUGCCAGUGAAUCAAAUUUGGAUUUUUCCUCUUUGGUUGGGUGACUGCAUGCUAACUCGACUGCCGCACAAACAUGGCUGAGAAUGGGUUCGGCCCGGCGCCCGUCGCUGGCCACAUGGGAAGAAUUCCCAACUACGGCAAAACACAGGUCAAUCCAAUGGGUACUUCGGAACCGCCAGCAUGCAUCCAGAAUGCAAUGAUGACCAAGGACAAGAAACCAUUUACCUAUACUCCUGGCGGCCUUGACUUGUCUCAGAUCCGUACGCCGAGCAUGGCCAGAAGAAUGGCUCGCCAGCGAUCACUAGAGGAGCAGGAGCAGGCUUAUACUCAGCAAAAUGCUGGUCCUAGGUACAACCCACAAGGAGGACCUGCCCCUCCCCCGCCCCCGCCACAAAUGCCGGCUCCUCCACCGCCUCCCCCACCAAUAGUUAUCCAAGUCCCAGAUUCAAAAUCGCCAAAACCCGUAGCUCUUGGUGAAAGACCUGAAAUUGUCAUCCCAGAAAAUCCAAUCGGAAUGCUAAGGAAAACUAACAGUCCGUAUCAUUGGGAAGCUGAGAAAGCUGAAUUACAACGCAUGGGAAAUGUUCCGAAAUUUACAGAAAAGGUUCCGAGCCCUUUAACUGUUAAGAUGCCACCAACAUCAUUCACACAACAACAACCUCAGACAUAUUCUCCUCAGCUGCAAAAUAAUCAGCGACAGAAUUAUCCUUACGGAAAUCAGAAUAACCAAACCCCUGAUAGUCCAAUUCACAGACCUGCGGCACAGUAUGGAAAUCAAAUGUCGUCGUCUCCAUUAAAUGGAGUGGCACCUACUAGAGAAAUUUUGCAGAGGCAAGACUCACAGUUCAAUAAGAGUCCUCAGCCAUUUAACGGAAUGUCUCCAGUCAGCAAUGGGUCCACUUAUUCACCAUCACCUAAUAAUAACUGGAGGCAACCUGAAAGACGGGAGUCUCCUGCUAAUAAUAGUUACAGCCCACAAUCACCACAUGUAAAUCGAAGUCCGUUCUCACCUAAUGUCCAACAAUUUUCACCAAAUCAAACUCAAUCUCCUUCAAAUACUGGGCCCGUUUUCCAUACUCUUCCAAGGGCUAAUCAAAGAAACCAAGACAAUUAUUCGAACAAUGUACAGAACAAUAAUGUCAUUUACAAUAACACUCGAGAAGAAAGUCCUAAGUUCGAUACUUCAAAUUCUACGCCUUGGAGGACAAACACUCUCAAUAGAACUCCUCGUGAACCUGAUAACUUGCAGGCAAUUUAUCAUAACAGCAAGAAUAUAAACCAACAGUCUUCAUACUCUCCUCCGUGGAAAAUAAAUGAACCGAGCAGCAACAACAACAACAUUCCUUCUUGGAAGCAAGAUAAUCGAUCAGCUCCAAUUGAAACUCAACAAUACAGUCCGCCGUGGGUGCAAGAUGCAAAUAACAAUAAGGCACAAGACAGUUACGUCCCACCAUGGAAAGCCCAAGAAAACGACAAUAGGACUACUCCUGUCUAUGCACCAAAACAAAACCAAGCAGAACCACGUUAUCAGUCGAGUAUGUCAAUUCCUGUAACGUCAAAAAAGCCGAAUCCUCCACAAGAAUACAACAAUACAUCAGCACAAAAAGAGGUUGUUUAUGUGAAUCAAGAACCUGUAUAUUUCUGUCCGGAUAGUCCCAAAUCGAUACCACCAUGGGUGAAAACGCAGAAAGAAAAAACAAAAACCCCACCACCGGAAUGGGUCCAAAAGCCACUAGAAAGGAGAAGUGCCCCAAGAGAGUUGGUUACUCCUCCAAGGGAUUCGAAUCAAGAACCAGAAUGGGUAAAGAAAAGUAACGAAAUGCAGAGAGGCAUGCGAGAGGUGAUCAGUCCACCGAAAUACCAGCAACCAGUACAACCGACGUGGUCAACACGACCUUCAGAAAAUCGUAAAAGUAUUCCAAAGGAUACCGCACCAAACCCACAAGGUCGAAUAGUGCCUAUUCAGAUGGAAGUGUCAAGUACUGAAACAAUGAAUCACGGAAGACAAGGGAAUCAACAGCCACAUUUGAGAAUAGUUAUUGGCAUGCAACCUAAUCAAGAACAAAAUCAACAGGCUUAUUCUCAACCAACACAGAGAAUCAUGAGAGUGUUGUCUCCACAGCUGGUGAGACUGGAUGAUGGUCCAAGUCAGCAGGAAUUGCCCUCGUUGAACAGGAACUUUCAGAAUCAGGACAGUCAGCCGAGGACUAGAAUUAUUCCUAUUCAGAUUGAAGGCGGCAAUGGCGGAGCUAACAAAAGCUUCGGUGGACGGUACUAGGAGCGGUGUGCGGGUCAAAAUUCCAAGGUAUACUACCACAAAUUCACCCAGGAAGGACCCCCUCGGCAGUCCAAGGCUUUCAGGGUACUGCAGGUCAUCACGGGGACCCAGGACGUUGAGGACAUCCAGGUUAUGGAACAUAAUUAUGGUUAUACUGAUCUAUAGUUUACAUUAAUAUAAUUUAUUACAAUUUUAAAUAAGGAUAACAUCUAACAUAACAGUAUCAUAUUAUUAAGUUAUUUAAAAAAAAAUCAAAGUUAGAUCGUUAUAAUUAUUUACAAAAAUUAAGAGAUUGUUUGUAACGUUGCAAAACAGUUUCAAAACAAAUUUUAUAAGUGACAUAUUUUUUAAUGUUAUUUUUUUUUAUAAACGAUGAGGUUAGGGUUAGAACUUUAAAUUUGCACAGACAAUGUACAAAUAAUAAUUCUUAUAAUUUUUAUAACACUUAUUACUUAAUCAUUUUAGAUGUAGUUCCGAUAGACAGAUAUAUAAAGUUUAAAGAAUGGUGCGAUUAAUAACACGAAAUCGGGUUUUAUGUAUAUUUAUUAAAUAUAUGAUUACGUUGUUAUUAAAAUCAAAAUUGUACAUAUUUUUUAAAUAAACUUAACAAAAAGUUAAAAUGCUUUUAUUGUGAUUUUACUAAUGCUCACACGAAACAGCUAGCUUACCAAAGAUUAUUUUUUUUGUUAGGUGUACCUACUUAAUUUAAUUAUUCUAAUUUUAGGUUAUGUAAUGAAAUAUUGACAGCGAAUCUCUAUUUUAGUAACAAUUUGAAACAAAAAGUGAUUCAAUAUAAUAUUUAAAUUGAUUCAAUAUAAUAUCAAAACUUAGAUAUAAACUAUCGAUAUAUAGAUUUAGUGUAGUUAGAACAAUUUCGUAUAUUAAUUGCUUAAUACCUGUAUUAAACGGGCACGUACCUUUUAUAAUAAGGAUGUUUCGGUCGUGUAUUAUGCAAUUAAUAAUGAAACGCGUAAGUUUAAAAGUAGUAAAAUACGUAUAUUCUAUUUUUAAUUUAUUGAUAUAAUUUAUAUAGUCAAGUAACCAACGUAGAAUAUGUAUCCUAAUUUAUUUACAAAUUUAAGUCUAUGAGUAAUUACAUUUAAUUUAAAAAAAAAUUAUCCUUCUUACUAACAAUACUAAAAUGUGUAUAUUUAUGUAUUUCUGUAAUUGUAUUACAUAUUGUUUGUCAUGCUUCUAUGAUUUUUAUGUUUGUUUCUGUCUCCUAAUAAACUUCAUGGUCAAUGCAUGGCAAAAACUUAAAUUUACCUAGUUAGAAUAUUUCUUAAAUAUAUAAAAUAUUUUUUUGUGUUUUGUUUAACAAUAUAGUUACAUAAAACAUCAUUUGGGAAAUGUAAAUUAAUAUAUUUUGACAUGGCUAAUAGAGAAUCCAUUAUUUACUUAUUAAAUUAUUUCAAAAUAUGCUUUUGUGAUGUACCUAUAUGGAUUUCUAACGAGUUACUCGUAAGUACAUGUGAAAUAGGUCUAUGUGUUUUAUACAUAUUAUUAUUAUUAGUCAUGUAUAAGACAAUCGCUCAGUCAGUCAAAAGCCUUCGACAAUGUGAAUAUUUUUAUUUUUCUUAUAACUUUCGUCGAAGUAGAUUCGUCCUUUGCCUUUUUAUAAGUAUAAGAAACAAAUAUUUUUUAAAAAUGUCAUCAGAAUAAUAAUUCAGAAUCCAGUUAGUCUAUGAAGAUGAUAGAAUCGAAACAUAACUUCAAAAUGUUAUACUGCCAUUCAGUAUAACAUCUUGAUAUUAAAAAAAACUGACACUGGCCGCAGAAUAAAUUCAAAUAUGAUGUGACUGGGAAAAUGUUUGUAUAAAAUUUCCGAUUCCCAUAAAUAACAUGGUUUUUCUUUGUGAUUAACAAAAUUAUGAAUCUUAACGUAAUAUCUUGUAACAGUAUAUAGAGCAUAUUGGUAUAUUAUCAUAAUGUCGAUAUCAUCAAAGGGGUUAUUAGGUCAUGGAAUUAGUAGGUACUCCGUACGAAGUACUUACUAAACCCAUGGGUUAGGUUACCUUAUAUUUUACCAUGGUUAUAAUCUGGUAUUUUUUCCUUUUGUUUAUCUAUAUUAUAUAAUACCUUAAGUUGAAAAAUUUUAAACAGACAUUAGGGAUCUAAAAAUUUUUUAAUAGUUUUUUAUACACUGUUAUAAAAUAAAACGAAGAUUUAAACAGACGAGGGGUGUGGCAAUCUAGUCAGUGUGAUCUUUUAUCAAUACGUAUAUAAGUAUUAUAUUUUAUAUACUUAUGUUUAAGUUAUAGGUUCAUAAUCUAGGGUAAUUAUAUAUUUAUUGAUUUUAGUAAUGGUUGAAAAUUAAUUUUCUAAUAAAAUAAUGAAAUCGAAA